CAGCAACGAUGGUAUCGCCCGAUGACCUCCUGAAGAAGCACCCGUCUGGUCUGAACUGAACUCUGAACCAACAUAGCUCGCUAGCUUGAAUUUGACGAAAGACCUAAAGGGCAAGGAAUCAUGGUGAAUUUCGCGGUCCUUGUGCGGGAGCAUUGGAUGCAAGCCCUUGUGCCUAUUGGCAUUGUUUUGGGUGUGUACCUGGACAGGUUGAAUGACAGCAGACUAACAGCGUUCAGGAACAAGAGUGCUUUAUACAGCAGGGAGCUGAAGCCUGGUGAGGAGGUCACCUGGAAGUGAUGCAGCCAUAUUUGAAGAAAGACCAUAUUUAUCAUCCUAGUGUCCUUGUGUGUGCGUGGAAGGGGUUUCUAUUUUGUCCUCAAAUUGAGGCCUGUUAAAAGCUGUUUCUUCCCUAGAUGUUGACCAAUAAAACGUUAUGAUAACAGACAA